UAGGAGAACUCAUUGCACAUUGUGUAAUUGUGUAAACCUACUAAGGAUGGCUGAUAGCAAAAUGGCUGUGUCCCAGUGGAGCCCCACAUUUGUAAAAGAGCUCCUCCCUGCUGCUCAAAAGACAGCUCUUCUCUACCAUCUCUCUUACCUGUGCCUGGCCAACUUCCCCAACCUGGAGAGGAUCAUCAGGAGUCGGGCUGUGGAAACCCAGCUUCUGUUUGGCUCCUCUGAUGCAACGAUGUUGAAAUGUAUUUUGACAAGUGAAAACCUGGUUCAGUCACUGUUUCCCAUGUUGACGAAAGCUGUGGAGAAAAAUAAGCCAGUUUUGGCAGUCAAAUUUCUUGCGAAAGCACGAGUCUGGAUCAAAGAAAUUAUCAGUGAAGUGGACAGGAUAGUGGAAAAGUAUGAUUUACACAACAAGGAUGUAGCAUCAUCCACCAGUGAUGUUAUCAAGGAAAAAAUAGAUACUGAUAAAAAGAUUACAGCGCAAGACCAUGAAAUGAAGCAGACUGAAAAUACCCUGAAUGAUCUGAAAUCAAAACUCCAAAAAACCACUGAAGAGCUUGCUGCAGUUGAGAGAAAGAUAAACAGCAAAAGCCAAGAGAUUCAAGAAUUUGCCAGAUCCAUAACCCAAAAAAGUAAAGGCCUCGGCAUCUUCGCCGCAAUCGUUCCAUUCAUCGGGCUAGUUGUGAAAAGCAUUUAUGAUGCUGUACAUGAUCCUGAAAAUGUUGCCCAUAUGAAGGCUCUUGAAGCUGAAUUGAAUAACCUCGUCGCUGAAAAGACUGCUCUGAAACAAAAGCAGUGGCAGCUCGAACUCCAGAUCAUUGAUUGGCAGAUGAAGUCUGCCAAAGCCACUUUUGACCGGAAUUCCAUACCCGACCCCAUCCAUCUA